GGCCGCACCUCCCCCUCCGCUGCCGGCGCGCUCUUCCUCGGAGCAGCAGGUACAAGACGCAGGGGCGCAGUCUGGACCAGAACCAUGUCGAGUUCGGUAAAUUCAGCAGCGGUGCCGGAAUCAGCCACGGCCAAGAACGGAGCCAAUGUCGAGCCUCUUCCAUUUGUGAAUGACAAGCAUGGGGGCGUAAUUAUUGAGAUGACGGCCCCAAUGGAUCCGCAAGUUUUCUCAGCUUCCUUGAAAUCUGCCUUGUCAAAAUGGAGAGAGCAGGGAAUAAGAGGUGUCUGGAUAAAAUUGCCGAUUGGCCUUGCCAACCUUAUUCAAUCAGCAGUAGAGGAAGGAUUCUGGUACCAUCAUGCAGAGGAAACUUACUUAAUGCUUGCAUACUGGCUUCCGAAUUCGACUCAUACAUUACCUGUAAAUGCUACACACCGUGUAGGUGUUGGAGCUUUUGUAAUGAAUGACAAAAGAGAGGUAUUGGCUGUCCAAGAAAAAAGUGGUGUACUUCGAGGACUAGGUGUAUGGAAAUUUCCAACUGGAGUUGUUGAACCAGGUGAAGAUAUAAACAUUGGAGUUGUAAGAGAAGUAAAAGAAGAGACAGGGAUUGAUACAGAAUUCAUUGAAGUACUUGCCUUCAGGCAGAGCCACAAAGCUUAUUUUGAAAAAUCGGAUUUAUUUUUUGUGUGUAUCUUACGGCCACUUUCCUUUGCCAUUACUAAGCAAGAAUCCGAAAUUGAGGAUGCUCAGUGGAUACCAGUGGAGGAAUUUGCAGCACAACCAUUUGUACAGAAACAUGAGCUCGUGAAGUACAUUCUUGAAGUUGGUCUGGCUAAGUCGGACAAGGAAUAUGCUGGAUUUUCGCCAAUUAGCAUAAAAUCCGCAUUCACGGACAAACAGUCCUUCUUUUACAUGAACAGGAGGGACCUGGACAAAGCAUUGGGGUCCGGCAAUGCACAACAAAAAAGCGGGUUGUGAAAGGGUACUCAAUUACUUCAUUGGUCAGUUGGUAGUUUGUACACCUGAUUUUGACAGCAUGCUGCCUGCUUCCACCAUGUGUGAUUAAGAGAUGUAGCCUAGCAGAAAUACAGCUGAAGUUGGUGUACUUAUCUUAUCAAUUGUAUCGAUAAGCUUACAAAUAAUGAGAAUGUUGGUAGGACUGCAACCUGGCAUUUUCUGUUCAAUUCAAGCUGUUUUCUCUUA